AUGAAGUUGUCAAACGGGCUCGCACUCUCGGCUGCGGCUGUCGCAAGCGUCAGCGCCGAGAGCUUCAGCGAAGCGGACCAAGCCAUUUGGAUCGACCGCCACAACUACUUCCGCACCACUGGUCUGCCAUGGUCGGCCGCUAACAUGCGCCGCAUCGGCUGGGACGCCGAUCUGGCGACCAAGGCGGCCGCCACUGCGAAGGCGUGCUCGGCCACCACAUCGACAGGUGUGAACGCCUUCCAGUCGACGGCCACCAGCGCGUCGGACGCUAUCGACCAGGCCAUUCAGCAGUGGGUCGUGGAGACGGCCGUGACCACGAUCAAGACGAUGGCCCAGCCCGGCUCCAGCGGUUUGGAGGUGGGCGUCGGUUUCUACAACUCGUACUCGCAGGUGGUGUGGGCGUCCACGACCAGCGUCGGAUGCGCGACGGCGACCUGCUCGGGAGGGGAACUGGUGGUGUGCGAGUACUCGCCGGCCGGAAACGAUGGCAAGUCUCCCUGGUACAAGCACGCGUCUCAAGCGUCCGAGUGCCCCGACAACACUGUCGCAGCUGGAAACCUCUGCAUUGAGGAAGGCGCCGACGCCAACAACCAGAUCGCGCCGAUUGCCGCGGGUGACUACACGUACCAGGUAUACCCGUCGUUCGUGGCGGAUAUCCAGUCCAUUCUCAUUAACUCUGCCCGCGAUAUCGCCAACGGCUCAGUCCCUCCGUCGACGGCGACAAAAUCGGACAACUCUUCCACUCCGGAAGCGACGACAGCCACGCCUCCCACGACCAAGGGCGCCUACCUCCUUCCUGGCAAAGUGAAGCCUAGCUCGGACACCGGCUCCACCUUCCAGAACGAGGUCAAGCCUCCGGCAGCUCAGGAAUCGGCCAAAACGGCACUGAAGUCCACGACUUCGAGUGAAGCCACGACCACCAAGGAGCAGACCGAGUCUCUGACGACGAGCACUGGAGAAGGAGGCGCGAAGGCACACGGCAUGUCAACCCUCGGUAUGGUCAGUAUGUUCAUUCUCGGUAUUGCAGCGGUGGCUGGCAUCGUCAUGUUCGUCCACUACCGCGUGUCCACUCAGCGCCAGAACGACGUCCUCCUCGACGGUGGCAUCCAAAGAUAA